AUGCACUUGGAAUUCUGCGCAAAUAGGAAGGGGAAGUGUGAAGGCGGUGAUUACCAGCCAACCGGCACGACCCGACCCCGGACUAAUAAUAAUUUAAUGGCGUUGAAACCUACGACUUGUAAGGAAGCGAUAGCUAGAUGGGAGAAGGACAAGGAACAGACUGCUGCGGACGCUACAGUUAUUGAGCUACAGUUCCAGUGGCCACCGAUAGAAAAAAUGGAUGGCGCUCUGUCUACUCUCGUCGCUUGUGAGAAACUCAGCUUAUCUUCCAAUAUGAUAGACAAAAUCGCGGGCAUCGCUGGUAUGAGGAGCUUGAAAAUAUUGUCGCUUGGGAGAAAUUACAUCAAAACCUUAGCUGGCAUAGAGACUGUGGCUGAUACUUUAGAGGAACUUUGGAUAAGUUACAAUCCAAUCGACAAAUUGAAAGGUGUAGGAGCUCUAAAGAAUCUCCGUGUUCUGUAUAUAUCUAACAAUAUGAUCAAAGAGUGGGCGGAAUUUAACAGACUACAGGAAUGCCCAGCACUUCGUGACCUUGUAUUCAUAGGAAAUCCUCUCUACGAAAACCAGCCUGACGUAGAGACCUGGCGGACCCAGGCUUGCAAUCGCCUACAACAAAUAAACAAACUGGACGGCAUACCCAUUGUCCGAGAAACUGAAUAA